CCUCUAAGUGCCACGGUCGACGAAAAGAGCCCCUGGCUUGUCACCUGUCAAGUGCCACGGCUGCCGAAAUGAGCCCUGUGUACUUCUAGUUUACAGUGCCACGGGCGACGUAGAGAGUCCGACACACUUCUGUGUGGGAAUGCCAAGGCUCUAUGAAGAGCCCGACGGAGGGGUAUUUUUGGACGUGUCCUACAGUACCAGAGGUCUGUAGCUCCGUCCCACGCUUUUGACCUGGCGUUAUCCGUGGGUGGAGGUAUCUAGUUCAAUAGAAAAAACCGGGUGUUCGUAUCUAUAAAAAGCGAGAAACGCUCGUUCAAAACUCAAACACUUUCGAGUGACAAUGGCGACUCAAGGCGCAGCGCGAGAGGUAGAGAUGACACAGGAGGAAGUUGACGGUGAAAUCCACAGAAUCUUUGACGGUGAGUCUGAUGAGUCUGAGUUCGAAGGCUUCGAUGUCGGCAGUAGCGAAGAUGACGAUAGCGACCUUCAAGGAAGCGACGAAGACGACGAAGAACAACCGCGAGUGUGGAACUGGCGGACCGUCACGGCUGACAACGACACCGCGGAUGCGAGUGCAUGGCUGCCGGGAGUAACUCGCCAACGUGGGCCAACGGCACAGGCCGAUGAAAACAUCUCGCCGGCAGACUGUUUCGCUAUGAUGUUCACGGAUGAAGCCGUGGACAUAGCCGUCACGCAAACAAAUCUGUAUGCGCAGCGAAAACUGGAAGCCCUCGGCGCUCACUUUCCAAGCUCCCGGAUGCGCAAGUGGCAUGACAUCUCGUCACGCGAGAUGAAAGUGUUUUUCGUACUCUUGCUCGCCAUGAGCAUCGUGGAGCAACCAGCGCUGGCAGACCAUUGGACGACGGACUGGCUCUACCAGACACCCGGAUUUGCCAAGGUUAUGUCCAGGAAUCGUUUCCAACUGAUCCUGUCGUGCCUUCAUUUCGUGGAUAACACAACCAUCGAGUAUGACGAGCACGGCAGGUAUCGAGACCCUCUCGCCAAGAUUCGUAAAUUCCUGGACAUAAUCGUCAAGCGCUUCAGACUGUCCUACUACCCUAAGAGGGAUGUGUCUGUGGAUGAGCAAAUGAUUGCGUACAAGGGUCGCCUAUCAUUCAAACAAUAUAUGCCGGCCAAACCGACCAAGUGGGGCGUGAAAGCAUUCGUCCUUGCGGAGCCGGGUACGGGAUACAUAUACGAGUGGACUCUGUACACCGGCAAGGAUAUGGCCGAGGGCCGAGACGUAGCCAUGGCCGACACAUCGAAGGGCAGUCAGAUAGUGGCGAAAUUGGUUCGACACCUCGGCCAAGGGCACGUAGUGUACAUGGACAAUUAUUAUUCGUCACCUACCUUAUUUCAGUGGCUGUCGUCGCGCCGUGGAAUGGGAGCUGUCGGCACAGUGAGAGUCAAUCGGAAAGGGCUUCCACCAGCAUGUAAGGACAAGAAAAAGAAGGGCACGCCGCCGAGAUUCUGGAGAGAUGAAACAGUUCUCACAUGCUCCUGGCCGGACAAGAAGCAAGUGACAGUUCUCUCGACGAUUCACUCUUGUGAAGUUGUCGAUGUAGAUAUUCGCGACCGGCGUGCGCCUCAAGGAGUUCGGUCCGUGAAAAAGCCAUCAUGCAUCGCCAGCUACAACAGUUUGAUGGGCGGCGUGGACGAGGCGGAUCAGAUGCUGAGCUACUACGCAUUCCCGCAUCGUCACCGCCGUUGGUACCUGAUCCUUUUCCAUCAGCUGCUGGAAAUUUCGGUGCACAACGCAAAAAUAAUCUACAACGCAAUGACAGGCAAAGACCUUGACGGAAAGGAAUUCCACAAGGCGCUCAUCGCUUCCCUGUUCACUGAAACACAGUGGCCGAUUGGUGAACCACGUCGCAGAUCUGUACCAGCAACUACUGACGAUGUGGACACAGCUCGGCUAACUGAGCGACACUUUUGUACGCAGCUAGCUGUUGAAGGGAAGCGAGACUGCGUUGUGUGCAGCAGACGACCGGACCACCGGAAGCAAACUAGCUGGCAGUGCGUGCAGUGCGUACGCAUGAUGUGUCCCGGUGAAUGCUUCCAGCGCUUUCACACCCUGCACGACUACAGAGUACGGUACGCGGACUAGUGCAUAACCUUGCGCUACUGCUGUGAAAUUUAGCAACUAUCUCCAUACCACAAGCAGUUUUUGCUACGUUGUACCGCUGCUGCAAACUAAGUUUGUAUGUGCGCAUUUCCGUCUUGCUGACUUAUUUUCACUUUGACACUGCUGCAUUCAUUGGCAUUACUAUUUUUCUGCAUGCUGAGCUCUGAAACAUGUUGCUGAUGAUAUUCUGAACAUAUCAUGUAUACAUUAUCUUUGAGUAGUAGCAAUAUAUCACCAUCACUUGCCGUCCUGAAGUUUAUAACUGUAAAAUAGCACAAUUGCAAAAAUCUGCGUGGCACUGAGGGAAGGGUGAGAACCAGCUGACCGUGGCAUUCAGAAAGUACUCCUGCUCAGCUGAUCGUGGCACUUGACAGGAAAAUCUUGUCAACCACUUAUGGCACUUAAAGGG